UCUUUCUUUAAAAAAACUAUAAACUUAAAUAAAAUAUAAUCCUUCUUCCACACUAUUUUGGAGCAAAAAAGAAACUAUAUAACAACAAUGUGUUUUCUAAUCAUUAAAUUAUCUUCUAGAUUUCUCCCUUCUCUCUGAUUAUAUUCUUCCUUCCUUUCUUAAAGAUUCAGAAAAUCAUCCAAAAUCAAGAACCAAAAACUUUAUUCAAGAACACCCUUUUUCUUAAAAUCAUGAUUUGUUCAGUGGGUUACAGUGGAAACCCUUCAUUACCCAAUGUCCAAAAUUUCAAAAAAAACCAAUCUUUAGUAUGUUUGAACAAGUCUUUUUCAUGUUGUCACCAGCAAAAUCCUUGUCCAGUAUUUCCCAAUGUCCAAAAUUUCAGAAAAAAUCAGUCUUUUUCAUGUUGUUAUCAGCAAAAUGAUUGCCCCAAGAACACCAUUGACAAACUAUGGAAGCCCAAAACUCAUUUGAUAAAGAUAUUAGCAGCUCAACAAGUUGAGCAACUUCCUAAUAAGGCAAAGAAAAAAGUGUUUUUUGAGGAGAAAAAGAAUGGGUUUUCUCAAAUGGAGAGUCAACAUAUGUCAAUAUUGUGUGGGGUUGGGUAUUGGGUACAGGGGUUUAGGUGUUUUCCUUGGUUGGCUCUUAACUUUCAUAUGGCACAUGGAAUGAAUAUGCAUCCAUCAACAUUGCAACUUGUGCAGAAUUUUGGGAAUUUACCUAUGGUUGCUAAGCCUAUUUAUGGAAUUUUGUCUGAUGCUGUUUAUAUUGGAGGUGCUCAUAGAAUACCUUAUAUUUCACUUGGAGUUUUCCUCCAGGUUUUGGCGUGGGGUCAAUUGGCAUUAACCUCAGCUGCGAGUAAAGCGCUUCCUGCUAUUAUGGCAUGUGUUCUGCUUAGCAACGUUGGAGCAUCCAUUACAGAAGUUGCCAAAGAUGCUCUAGUGGCUGAAUAUGGUCAAAGAAACAGACUGCCCAGUCUACAAUCUUAUGCAUUUAUGGCUUCAGCUGCUGGGGCAAUUUUAGGUAACUUGAUCGGAGGAUAUUUCCUACUCAAAACACAGCAACCUAAGUUAAUGUUUCUAGCCUUUUCUGCUCUGCUUGCUUUGCAAUUAGUAGUAACUUCAGCUACCAGAGAAGAGUCUCUUGGUUUAGCUCAAUCAUCAAAUUAUUCUGUUGUUAGGGAACCAAUCAUGGAAAUAUUUAGAAAACAGUAUUCAGAUCUUAUGGUAGCAGUUCGAGAAGAAAGUAUUGGUCGUCCUCUUAUAUGGAUUGCUAUGUCAAUUUUAGCAGUCCCGGUCCUCUCCGGAUCAAUCUUUUGUUAUCAGACACAGUGCCUAAAUCUUGAUCCAUCAGUUAUAGGGAUGUCAAAGGUGAUAGGCCAAUUGAUGCUUCUUUCUUUGACAGUCUUAUAUGACCGGUUUGGCAAAAAGGUCUCGAUGAGAAAACUAAUUGGCAUUGUGCAGAUUACAUAUGCUGCUUCUCUUCUUCUUGACCUUGUACUUGUUAAGCAGCUUAAUCUCAAAUUGGGAAUUCCAAAUGAAUGGUUUGCUCUUUGCUUCUCGGGUCUAGCAGAAACUAUUGCAAUAUUUAAGCUCUUGCCGUUCCAUGUGCUGUUUGCAAGUUUGGCUCCAUCCGGAUGUGAAGGAUCCCUCAUGUCUUUCUUGGCAUCAGCUCUGUGUUUUUCAUCAGUAAUUAGCGGUUUUCUGGGUGUCGCUUUGGCUACUUGCCUUGGUAUAACGUCUGGUAACUACUCGAGUCUGCAUUUUGGGAUUGUUAUCCAGUUUGUUGCGGCGUUACUGCCACUGGGAUGGCUCAGUUAUGUCCCUAUGGCUCAACCUGCAGCUGAAACAGGGAGGAAGAGAAGGCAAAGUAAAAGGACGAGAAAAUAUAGAAGGGUAGGGAGAGUAGUAGUUGAUUCGUUCUAUUCUUAUAGACGCAAAAGAGAAUCUGAUUUGAAUGAGAAUCCAUUGCUGACUAAAUGAAGAAAUUGUUCAUGUGCUACUCAUGACUGGUCUCUGGUACUUGGUGGAACUCGGUUCCUCUUGCAGCGAUUUUGAUCAAUUGUUUCUUGGCCAGUUACAACGAUGCAGUUUGUUUCUCGGAUUAUUCUGGACUCUCUCUUACUAGAGCAGAUUGAAGAAGGAUGAUGUAUCCUAUCCGCGUUGUGUAAAUUGUUGAGUUGCAGAGAGGCAAGACCACAGGAGAGUGGGUAAUUUUAAGAUCUCCACAGGUGGUUCUUGCUGAUCAGAGACUGGUUUCAAGUAGGAUUCCUCUCGCUUUAUUGCUAUUUGCAGAUGAUAGUAGCCUCUGAAUUCUUUAAUCUGUAUGCUUCUUUUUCGGAGAUUAGAGAAAAAAUUCUGAGGAAAAAAGUGAAGAAUUUUGAAUGUUGUCACUGGGACACUAAAGAGCAACUAUUCUGAGGAGUACUGUUUUUGCAUGGAGGGCUAGCUUUCAGUUCAUUGAGCUUGUCUAAAGGAAAAAAAAAGGAAAGAAACAAACACAAGAGAAAAGGGAUUCAAAAAAGUAUUAACUUUGGUGAUUCCUUUUUAUCUGCCUGAGCGUUGGUGGACAAAAUUACUCUUAUGUAUUUAAAAAGAAGGGAGAGAAAAGGGUGUUAGGAUCAUAGGAUGGGAAGGGUGCUUGUUGUAAAGCUACUAAUAAAUGAAUUGAUCAUUUUCCAAUUGCCCAUUGUUUAUAUAACUCUGUGUUGGUAGAAGAUUUGCCCACUUCUGUUUCUCUUGCCUGUAAUUGGAAGGGCUCUCAAAAAGUUCUAAAGAGAAGGUGUUCAUUAUUGCAA